UGGUCGUCGGAAUGGCGACCCUACCCAUUCCGAUCUUCCAGGAUGCUUGAAAAUCUCUCGCCUUCUCCAGGAAACUUCAUGAGCUGAUGAACGAUUUACUAACCUAGACAAAAUAAAUCACACCUUGACAUGGAAUCCGCAACUUUAACGCUAAUGCUUGCAAUUAUUUUAAUGGUGCUUAAGUUAUGUAGCAGUCAAUCUGCAGCCAAAGAAAUUGCUCCGACGCAAGCGAACCCACCAAUAACCGAACAUUUUCUAGCUCCAACAGAUGAUGUGCUAUCCAGAGAUGUAGCUCCAGAUUUCACUUAUGCCGUCUGGGAUUCUAAUGGCAAAAUUUGCAUCCUUGCAAAAUUUUCAACGUCGUUUAAAAUCACUUAUCCCAGUAUAGGAGGAGAGGAGCAUAUCUCCGUGAAUGUCCCGGAAGAUGCUAAAGUGAAAGGACGUUGUGGAACUUUUGAUCGAGAACCUCUUCUUGAGCUCUCCUGGAGUGGAUUCCGUCUUUUCAUGGCUUUCACAGUUGUAAAUCCAAAGGAAAAUCAGGACACAUGGGAACUGCUAUCCAUGGAGUUGCUGUACGAUACAACGAAUCCUCUGUUCGAUGGGGCAACAAAUGUGGGAAAAAAGACAGUACGUACGCUGGAGGACGGCCUCUUCAAGACCCAGUACGGGAAAUCGUAUUUCUGUCCUUCGCCCGACGUCAUUCCCAUGUACGGUUCGGACAAAGAGAAAGUGGUAUUGGCCAGAAUGAAAGAUGUGCACUUGCAAGUGUACGACGUGCAAAUGGGAAAGUUCUCUCCCUUUCAAAGGUGUAGCCUCGUUAGAAUAGGUGGGCUGCCUGAACCCUUUGCACAGGAUGAGACAGUUCCUAUUGCUGUGGGGAGUACUCUAGCCGUCAUGGCUGUGUUAGUGGUGAUCGGAUAUGCGCUCUGGAGGAACUUGGCCACCAGGAAAACAGAUUACGAUUAUAUGGAAUAAUAAAUGAUCUUCUCCAUAAUAUAGUGGAAGCCAUGAAGCAAUUUCGACAUGGCAAAAAAGACACUCAUUACAGAUAAGGAAACUGGUCAUCUUUUCUCUGUUUACAAGAUACAUCCACUUCUGCAACUCGAAUGUGUGAAACUAGAAUUUCUAGUCAAUGUUUCUUAGAACGUUCUUUCAUAGAGCAAAGACUGCCUUAUUUGUAUACUGUACAUUUAUUCGUGUUUUUCUGAAUGUUAUAUAUGUAUCGCGUGGCGACAUCUGUGGACGAAUAUGCUAUCGAAACUCUUUACAAAUUUAAAGAGUUUUCCUUCUCACACAAAAUGUGCUUUCAGUAGAUAGAGAUGUCCCAUUUUUUAUAACCAAUUAAAAAUGACUUAAUUCGGCUAGUUACGUAAUUAGAAUGAAGUACUUAAAAGAAUUGUUUUUUAAUAUUUAGCAAUAUAUCAAAAGUGAGAGAAAAUUUAAACUUAUUUUAUUAUCAUAAGAAAUUAUUUCACUAAAGCUGCACGUACGAUUUUAUUAAUGACAAUUAUUA